UUGUUUUUCGCAGAAGGCCCCCUGGGUCAUGUUGCGUGACGUCUGUUAUUGUUUCCCUCUUGAUAUUUAAGGACAUGAGACGCAGUGGGGCAGUCAGAGUAUAGGUGGGACCUGUGGUUGUUUGGAUACGCUUAUUAGUUUUCAAGAAUGGUGAGAAAAUUGCUUGCUAUCUUAAUCAUAGCAGGCGCUAGCGCCUAUCCACAUGAUGAAGAUCCAGUCGAACUCACACCAAGCACUCUCAGCCCAGAGAACAUAGUCCACCCAGAACAAGGUCCUUUAGAACCCGAAGGCCCAAAAAGACACCUUGUCGACACUGAAGGUCAGCCUUUUGUGGAAGGUCCUGUUAGCCCAGAAUGGGGACCUUUAGAAAAGGCCCGCAGAGAGACCUAGUCAAUCCUGAAGGCCAUUUUAACCCAGAAAGAGAACAAUUACCUGUCGAAAACGGUCCUGUGCCUACCGACAUCCCUGAAGAAGCUGGCUCGCAGAAUGACCCUAAAUCUGAGGAUUCUGAUCUGAAAACGGAUGCUACGUUCUGGUGGCCUUUCUACAGGUCUUGGGGAUCUUGGGGAUAUCCUAGCUAUAGAUACAGAUCUUAUUGGAGCUACCCUACUUACAGGACCUAUUGGACCUACCCUACCUAUAGAUAUUAUAGACCAAGAACAUAUUACCGAUAUUACUACUGGUAAGGACAAGGACUCAGCUCACACACACCGCUGCGAAAACGACAUUUCACUGAAAUAUAAAUACCUCUUUCAAUGUACCUAUUUUAAUAAUACAGUGAUGAAAUCUCAAUAAAUGUGAUAAACUUUA